AUGCCUGCCCUCUCGCCCACGAUGACGCAAGGGAACCUUGUGACGUGGAAGAAGAAGGAGGGUGACAGCAUCGAGGCGGGCGACGUGAUUGCAGAGGUGGAGACCGACAAGGCGACGGUCGACUACGAGGCCGUGGACGACGGGAUCCUCGCCAAGAUCCUCGUCCCCGAGGGCACAGAGGAUGUCCUGGUCGGCACCAGCGUGGCCGUCGUCGUGGACGAGGCGGGUGAUGUCGGUGCCUUCGCGGACUACGUGCCGUCUUCGAGCACGGGCAACAAAGCGGAGCUGGCCCCCGCGAAGCCCGCGCCCGCGCCCGCGCCCGCCGCCGCCGCGCCGCCGCCGCCACCGGCGGGCGUGGUGGCCGCCGCAGCGCCGAGAGCCGCUGGCGCGCCUGUGCCAGCCAGUCCGCUGGCGAAGCGGAUGGCGGCGCAGAUGGGGAUCCCGCUUGCCGCCCUCAAGGGCACCGGCCCGGGCGGCCGCGUCAUCGCCGCGGACGUCAAGGAACCGUCCGCAGAGGAGGCGACGACGGCAAAGGGAGCCGCGCCCGGCGCGGCUGUGGUGCCAGCCGGUGCGGAAUACAUCGACCUGCCGAACUCGAACAUCCGCAAGGUGACCGCGAAGAACAUGGUCAAGAACAAGAACGAGAACCCCCACUACUACGUCAUGAUGGAGAUCGAGAUGGGUGCUUUGAUGGGCGCGCUCGAGGCGAAGAUCUCCGUCAACGACUACGUCAUCAAGGCGGCGGCGCUCGCGCUCAAGGAGGUGCCCGCGUGCAACUCGUCGUACACGGACGAGUACAUCCGCGAGCGCUGCCAGUACUCCGCCGCCGACAUCUCGGUCGCCGUCAACACCGACCGGGGGCUGCUCACGCCAAUCGUGUUUGGCGCCGCCUCCUCAAGGUGGGUCUUUGAAGAUAUGUGGAAGGCGCCCACCAACGCGGGCUACUGUGAACAGACUCUCGCGGGGUUGGCCAAGGAGAACAAGCUCAAGCCCGAGCAAUUCCUCGGCGGUACUUUCACCAUCUCCAACCUCGGAUCGAUGGGCGUCAAGCAGUUCACCGCGAUCAUCAACGCGCCGCAGGCGUGCAUCCUUGCGGUGGGCGGCGCGGACGUCAAGGUUGUCCCUGACGGCAAGGGCGGCUUCACGACAAAGUCGGUCAUGGUCGUCUCCCUCUCGUCGGACCACCGGGUGGUGGACGGCAUGAUUGCCGCCCAGUUCCUCAAGUCGUUCAAGAAAUACAUGGAGAACCCGCUCCUGUUGCUCCUGUCUGCUCCCUAG